AGUAUGAACCCGUCUGUACUAUGUAUGUUGUGCGCGUUGAGUGCGUCUGUGUGUAUGUAGGUAGAUAUGUAUAUGUGGGUGUAUGGGUAUAAGGUGUGGGUAGUGGAUAUGUCCGGGGUACACACAUACUACCUAGUACUUACAUACAUCCACACAUUUAUACGUACAUACAUACAUGCCCCAGGUAACGUAUGUAUAUACGUAUAUACGUACAUCUCUAUCUACCUACAUAUAGACGUACAUAUAAUACAUAACACAACCCAUCCACACCUACAAACCCCCAUGGCCCUGCGCCCCGUCGUCGCGUCCGUGAUGGUCCAUGUGACCGAUUCGGAAUGGAGGGGAAUAUUAGUCACUUUUCUAUGUUUCGCCUCGUGACGGUUGCCUAUCCGUCUAUUUUGUCUACCUACAGUUUUCUCUCUCUUUCUCCGUUCUCACAUUCCUUUUCCCGCUCCGCGUUUAGGAGGCUUGUUAUUUUACCGCAUAUUUACGUAUGCGUGUGCGCGUGCGCAUGCAGGGUGUUAUGUAGGUAUACUGUGCCAGGGAAAGAAAGGAAACGGACCAUAAGAAGAAAAAAGAUAUUGGAGGGACGGA